AUGCCGGGAUCUGUCCUAUUCUUCGCCGUCCGACAAAACUACUCAUUCGCCGACACAGUGGCGGCAAAGAUGCAGGACACGUCCCUCAACGCCAUGGAAGCACAACUCGCACGGUCCAUUCCCAAAAAACAGAGGUACCUCCUGGUGACAACGCAAUACAAGUCCGAGCACCGGUCCCUGAGCAGGACCAGGCCGGCCGAGAAGAAAAAGGUUUCAGUCGAGUUUUAUUAG